GAAGGCGCUCGAGCACGGGAGCUCGCGCUGGGGCCGCAGCUGCCGCUCGCGCCGCCGCCUCCCCGCGCGCCCCCCACCCUCCCCCGCGUGCCCCCUCCCCUCACGGCCGCGGCGCCAUCCGGUGUUAUGAGGCGGCCCUGAGGGGUGGCGGCGGGGAGCGUAGCCCGGCAGAAGUCCGGCGCGGCCCGGCAGGGCGACGGGGUCUCGCUUCGCCUCGCCGGCCAAACCCAUGACUACGGCAAACUGCGGCGCCACCGACGAGUUCGACUUCAGGCUGAUCUUCGGGGAGGACGGGCAGCCCGGCCCCGGGCCGCCGCUGGGGCCUGCAGAUCUUGAGUCAGAUGACUGUGCGUCCAUAUACAUCUUUAAUGUAGACCAACCAUCAUCCUCUGUAAAUCAGCCAAUUUGUAUUCCUCGCCAUGGAUUGCAGUCUCACUCCUCUCCUUUGUCACCACCUACAAGACUUCAGGGUCAUAAGCACUAUGAAGGAACUUGUGAGAUACCAGAAUCCAAAUAUAGUCCACUAGGUGGACCCAAAGCCUUUGAGUGCCCUAGUAUUCAAAUUACAUCUAUCUCACCUAACUGUCAUCAAGGGAUUGAAGCCAAUGAAGAUGAAUUGCACACAAAUGGCACAGAAAAUGAGUAUAUGGAAAGGCCUUCACGGGACCAUCUCUAUCUUCCUCUAGAGCCAUCAUACAGGGAAUCAUCCCUUAGUCCAAGUCCUGCCAGCAGCAUUUCCUCCAGAAGCUGGUUUUCAGAUGCUUCUUCUUGUGAAUCCAUUUCCCAUGUUUAUGAUGAUGUAGACUCAGAGCUAAAUGAAGCAGCUGCUCGAUUUACCCUUGGCUCUCCUUUGGCAUCUCCUGGUGGUUCUCCGAGAGGUCCCAGUGAUGAAUCUUGGCAGCAGCCUUAUGGAUUUGGGCAUGCCUUGUCACCUAGACAGUCUCCCUGUCAUUCUCCUAGAACUAGUAUUACAGACGAAAAUUGGCUAAGCCCUAGACCAACAUCAAGGCCCUCAUCAAGACCUACAUCCCCUUGUGGGAAACGACGACACUCCAGUGCUGAGAUUUGCUAUGCUGGUUCUCUGUCUCCUCACCAUUCUCCAACUCCAUCACCUGGCCAUUCUCCCAGAGGAAGCAUAACAGAAGACACGUGGCUAAACACUUCCAUCCAUAAUGUACAAGGCCUUAAUUCUGGCCUGUCACCAUUUCAGUGUUGUACAGAGACUGAUAUUCCUCUAAAAACAAGAAAGACCUCAGAGGAUCAGACUGCCACUUUAUCUGGAAAAAUAGAUAUCUGUCCUGAAGAACAGGGUAACUUAUCAUCAUCCCUCGAAACUGCAGUAGAUGAUUGCUCUGGAUCUCAACACACCUUGAAAAAAGAUUUGCCAGGAGACCAAUUUCUUUCUGUUCCUUCGCACUUUACUUGGAACAAACCAAAGCCUGGUCAUACUCCUAUAUUUCGCACAUCUUCAUUGCCACCUCUUGACUGGCCUUUACCAAGUCAUUACGGGCAGUGUGAACUGAAAAUAGAAGUCCAGCCUAAAACUCAUCACAGAGCCCACUAUGAAACAGAAGGAAGCAGAGGAGCAGUAAAAGCAUCUACUGGAGGACACCCUGUAGUGAAGUAUUUUUUUCAGAAUUGCAAAGGUCUGUACUAUUUUAAAAUCUUCAAGUCAGUCUACUUGCUCCUGGGCUACAGUGAAAAGCCAGUAAACCUACAAAUGUUCAUCGGAACAGCAGAUGAUCGCUACUUAAGACCUCACGCGUUCUACCAGGUGCACCGAAUCACUGGAAAAACAGUUGCAACAGCUAGUCAAGAGAUAAUAAUUGCCAGCACUAAAGUUUUGGAAAUACCACUUCUUCCUGAAAAUAAUAUGUCAGCCAGUAUCGAUUGUGCUGGUAUUUUGAAACUUCGCAAUUCAGAUAUAGAGCUCCGUAAAGGAGAGACAGAUAUUGGAAGAAAGAAUACCAGAGUGCGACUUGUGUUUCGUGUUCACAUCCCACAACCUAGUGGAAAAGUCUUAUCUCUGCAGACUGCUUCCAUACCUGUUGAAUGCUCUCAGCGAUCUGCUCAAGAACUUCCUCAGAUUGAGAAGUACAGCAUCAAUAGUUGCUCAGUAAAUGGAGGCCAUGAAAUGGUGGUGACAGGAUCCAAUUUUCUUCCAGAAUCCAAAAUUAUAUUUUUUGAAAAAGGACAAGAUGGACGACCUCAGUGGGAGGUAGAAGGGAAAAUAAUUAGGGAAAAGUGUCAAGGGGCAAACAUCAUACUUGAAGUUCCUCCAUACCAUAAUAAAACCAUUACAGCUGCAGUUCAGGUGCAGUUUUAUCUCUGCAAUGGCAAGAGGAAAAAAAGCCAGUCUCAACGUUUUACUUACACACCAGUUAUAAUGAAGCAAGAGCACAGAGAUGAGGUGGAUUUGUCUGCUGUUCCAUCUUUGGCCCUGCCUCACACAAGCAACGUCCAGGGCCUGCAUUCUAUCCGAACUCAAUUGCCUUCACCAGAGCAAGGGCAUCCACACGACAGUUUACUGUCCACGUCACCCAGGAGCCUUGUGUGUCCAGUUCAACCACCAUACACAGCAAUGGUGACCUCAGCAGUACCCCACCUGCCACACAUGCAAGGUAGAAACCUUAGUCCAAGCGAAGAGUGUCAUGUUUUGCCUCCUGCUGUGGUUCAGUCUUUUCAGGUAACAUCAGCACCUCCUGUGAGGCCUUCUUACCAGCCUAUGCAGUCUAACGAUGUAUACAAUGGGCAGUCUGGUCUUCCUAUGAACUCUGGCUCCAGCCAAGGAUUUGAUGCUAUUUCAUUUCAGCAAGACACAGCUGUACCUCAUUUGAUAAAUCUUAGCUGCCAAGCUCUACCACCAAUGCAGUUUCAUUCCUCAAAUCCAGGUUCUGUGUCAACAUCGAGUACAGCAGCGCACCCCCUAGCACACCCAGCUCAUUCGGGACAGUCAUCUGCUCACCUGCCAUCGAUGGGAUACCACUGCCCAAGCGCUGGGCAGGGCUCCAUCCCUUCUGCAAUGAGUCGGUCCCUUGGGCAGUCUUCUCCCCAGCUGCAGCAAGUCCCAUACCAUUCUGCAAAUCCAGCAUCCGCUUCAUCCCCAUCCCCGACAGCUUCCCACCCUUUGGUCCAUUCACCACUGUCUGGACCUUCUUCACCCCAGCUACAACCUCUGCCUUAUCAAUCUCCUAGCUCAGGACCUGGCUCAUCUCCCCCACCAGCCGCUGUAAGCCACUCGGGACAGCACUCCCCUCAAGCACACAGUCCAGCAUUGGGAGGUCUUAAUGCAGCAUCAUCCCUUGUACACCAUACUCUAUGCGAUUCAUCUCCGUUUUCACCAGAUGGGGCAGCUAUUAACAUUAAACCAGAACCUGAAGAUCGAGAAUUGAAUUUUCAAACAAUAGGACUACAAGACAUCACACUAGAUGAUGACAGUUUUAUCUCUGACCUGGAAUACCAGCCAUCAGGUUCAACAGAGAAAUGGACUCAACAUUCAGCACUCAUGUCCAACUCCUAUGUGGAAAAUCUAGAGGUGAAUGAGAUCAUAGGAAGAGAUAUGUCACAGAUCUCAGUGUCACAUGGAACAACAGUGGCCAGCCAGUCUGCACGUACAUGUCCUGGAUCUCUGGAGACAAGAAUAUCUGAUGGAAUCCAGUAACGGAUAAGCUUACAACUAAACAUCCAUGAAAACUUAACAGUUUCUUUGAAUAUUUCUUCACCCUCUUCCUCUUUAGACUUACUGUGCUUCCAACUCUGUGGCCUUUAUGAACUGGAACAGUGGAUCCUUGCAAAGCCCUUUUAGUGGGUUACACUUUUGAUGUAGAGACAGAGCAUUUAUAAUUAUAGUUCCUCAGAUGCUGUAAAGAGACUUCUUAAAAUGGACACACAGAAUCUACACCAGAUAUUUUAACUGUUUUAAAGUUACAAACAAGCUUUGCUUUUUUGCAUUUAAAUAGAAUACUUUUAUAUUGUAAGUGCUUCAAAUGUGUGGAGAUGUUAGUUUGCUCUUAUAAUAUUCACAAUACUGAAUGUGGAAAAAGAUUUAAUACACAUCUUCAGUGUGCUGCUUUCCCUUAGAGAUAGUAUAGUUUGUAACUGAUGAUUUGUAACACCUUUUGGUCAUUUUGGAAAGCCUUUAAGCUUAUAUUGUUCAAUUUUUUUUUUAAUACGUUCUUCCAGCGGCACAUUAUACCUGUCAUCUGAAGCCAAUGCCAUGGAAGCCAUUGUGUAUACAAAUACUGUAGUGUUUUCUUUCUUAGAUUCAUAGGAAGCAAAGCCAAACGUAGAUCUGCACUUGUUUAUAAACUGAAAAUGUUACUUGAUAGGCUGCAAAAAGACCAUUCCAUCAUGAAAGUGUUGGGAUAGAAAUGACAUUCCAAAAUUUAACUUUUAUAACUUUGUGGAUAAUCUUCCUGUUCUUUAUUAGCACAGGCUCCUUCUUGAAAUAGCUUUUUCUUAGAAAGUUACAUUUGUAAUCAAAUUCGAGCAGUAGAAUUUUAGAUUAAAGAACAGCAACAUCAAAGCCAUGUUAGAUACAGGAGAAAUUUUAAUAUUUGCUGACGAUCUAAGUGUUCCUAUUAUCCCUACAGAAUAUAGUUUUGAAAUCACCGAUUCAGUGGCAUUCAAGUUUUCCAUGCAAUAAAUCAUUUGAUCACAUAUGUAUCUUUUAUAUGCUGUAUGCCUGACCAUGCCACUUGGAAGUCCCAAGGAGAUGACAAUUACAGUUCCUUAAACUGAAGCUGUUUAUAAACAUCAGUUUGCUAAAAAGUAAUUUACUGUGAAUUAGUAAUUAGGUAGUAUAAUUUGCCCAUGUUUAAUUGUAAGUGUACGAAGCAGAAGCUACCAAAGAAAUACACAAGAUUCAUAGCAGCAGUAAACUUCGUGCUGUGCUCAAAGGAUGCAUUUCCCUUACCCACAUAAUCUCAUAGAUUUGAAACAAUCUGUUUACAUAGUUAUUAAAAAUCUCAGGCCUCUAUGAUUAGAAACCUAGGAGAGGAUCUGAAACUGCCUGCUUAGGCCACAAACAUUUCCCUCCCCCAAGAAGACAGCAUCGUUUACAAAGCCUUCUGAUAUGGAACAUACAGGGUACAACUAUCACGGCAAAGUAAGAUCAGUAAAGUAACAAUACACUGAACCUCAAAACAUUUAAGAUGUUAGUUUAAAUCUGUGUAAGCCAUGAUGCUCUAACACUCAAAAAUUUGGAAAUAUAGAAAGUGUACUUGUAUUGAAACUAGUUCAGACAAUUGCGGACAUUUUAGUGUAGAGCACAUGCCUCUUUCUGUAGAAAAUUAUCAUAGACACUUAAAAUUACAGUAAAAUGGUCUUAAAGUGGAUACCAUUACUGAAUUAUAAUACCGGUAAGAGUAAACUGAUUCUACUGAUGUUGCAUUUUGGCAGACAGUCAUGGGGAAAACUUUUCCAUUGAGCCUUUUGCAGGCAAAACAUUACAGCUAAACUUAAGUCAGUGCCCAAGCAAUACCAUUAAAGUAGCUGUAAUCGCAUCUUUUUGAUAGCUGAAUCAUGAACUUUUAAAAAGACCAUACAUUAAGUGGGUGAAGUUAUAACUCUUUAUCAUGUACUUCCUUUUAAGAGUGCAGCCUAAGGCUACUAUGUUGAUGUUUCGUAGUUAUUUCAAACAACGCAAAGCCACUAUGUGCGUUCUGGGAAUUCUAAGCAUCUUUUUUGUGAAUGUAUUGUUCAAUGGUGCAAAUCUUUACAUUUGCAGCAAAAAAAUGGCAGGGCUGUAAUCUGAAAAGUGUAAUAUUGUAAUUGGCCCUCAGCAAUGGUGCUUUACUCUGUCCUCUUACAUUAAAGAUCCUAGAAAAGGAUUCACAUGCUCAGAAAUAACAUCUACUUAUGUUUUUAAGACUUUAAAAAAAAAAAACCCAAACGCAAAACCAAAAAACACACAAUGCUGUAAACUAAGUAAUUGUCUUCAGACUGUGUGCUGUUGGCAAGGCAUGUUCCAGUUUUCAUUCAUGUUAUUGGGUCUUUUGCAUUAACCAUUGUUUGUAGGAGAAUUCUAAUUUAAAAGCUUUUCAUACUGUAUGGGAUUUAUGCUCCUUUAUCCUACUGGUACAGACUCUCCUUGCAAGUUCUCCAAGUAGCUGGAAUUCACACUGUACCUAAAAUAUAGGAGCCCAAACAAUCUGGAGUUGCUAUGCACUAAAUUUUCUGAUGCCUUUAAAUACCUUGAUGCCUGUAGACAUAGAGACGCUUUCCUAUUUAAAAAUGAAAUUUAAAAAUAUAGCUUUGGAUACUAAAGCAGUUUUUGUAUUUGCCUUGUAAAAGCUUCAAUACAAGGGUCUUAAUUUUAUUUUAGCUUGUGUGAUAACGUAGGUAAAGACUGUUAAUCUUGUAUAAUUUUAGUGAUAUAAAAAGCACACAAUCUCUAUUGGACUAUGCAAAUUUAAUUAAACAACAGAACCUGGCAACUGUUGAUAUUUUGUUGGCAUCCACUUCCUUGCCCUUAAGUCCUUUCUUCUCUCCAAGUACUUUUCCAAAACUUUUUAAUAAUUUAGAUUAUCCUGAAGGAAAGCCUUAAUGAUGAGGUAGCUUUUCUAUAAAGAUGGUCAAAGAUCAAUGUUAAAAAAUUAAGGGGUAGUAUAUUAAUUGGGGGGACGGGGUAGGGGGGUGUUGGUGUGAUUUCUGAAAUUACCAUAAACUAGCAAUCUGAAUUUCUGUAGUAAAACUUUCAUGUUAUCAGGGGAACUGCCAUCCUUUUUAAACCAAAGAAUGAAAAUAACAUGACAGUUUUGUUCUGAUACAAAGCAAGCUUUGAAACUCUAUUUUUGAUACUCCUAAUGGAUGUCAUUCCUUGAGGUUUGGAAAUCGUUCAAAUUGAAGUUUUAUAUUUAAAAAUGUGGGACAAUAAAGAUUAAGUUCUAGAUGUUUACAGAGCCUUGUAUUGUAAUUUCAUGUACAUUUUGUAUUUUAAACCUUUUUGUAAGUUAUGAUUGCAGUGCUACUUGCAGAAAUAAAGGGAAGAACUUGCAUUUAGGCUCUUAAAUCAUAGUGUUCAAAUAAAUAAAAAGAAUGCAAA